GGGAACGGUUUUUCGAGUUACUAGCGUGAGGGGAUUAAGUUAGACACCACUGGUGUACUCAUCCCAUACUGUGUUGUAAAUACCGCAAAACUAACUACUAGUUAUGUGGAACAAUUAAUGCUAUUUUUAUUAAAAGUUUUAAUAUAUUGACAGAAAUGAUUGGAAUGCGAAUGAACGCGUUCAAUGAUACAGGACUUGGUGAACCAGAGCAGGAUGCAAAUACAGCUCUAAUAGAAUUAGAUAAAGGUUUACGUUCCUCAAAAAUUGGAGAACAAUGUGAAGCAAUAGUGCGUUUUCCUCGAUUAUUCGAGAAAUACCCUUUCCCUAUAUUGAUUAAUUCUUCCUUGUUAAAGUUAGCUGAGGUUUUUCGCACUGGUAGCAAUUUUUUACGUGUCUGGGUACUCAGAGUAUGUCAACAAAGUGAAAAACAUUUAGAUAAGAUAUUAAAUGUUGAUGAAUUUGUACGUCGUAUUUAUAGCGUGAUACAUUCUAAUGAUCCAGUUGCCAGAGCUUUGACUUUAAGAACAUUAGGUAGUGUAGCUGGAAUUAUUCCAGAAAGGCAGCAGGUUCAUCAUAGUAUAAGAAGGUCAUUAGAUUCUCAUGAUUCUGUUGAAGUUGAAGCAGCAAUAUAUGCUGCACAAAUGUUUGCUGCACAAUCAAAAUUAUUUGCUGUUUCUAUGUGUAGCAAAAUAUCUGAUAUGAUUAGAGGUCAAGCAACACCAGCAUCUAUGAAAUUACAGCUUAUACCUAUUUUGCAAUACAUGCAUCAUGAUAGUUACACAGCAUCAAUGGUAAAUAAACUAUGCAUGGAGCUACUUGCUAAUUACCCAGCAGUUGAAUUUGUCAGAGUAACGUUAAGUGCCUUGAGUACCCUAGCUUUAGCAACAUUAAUUGAUAUUCCACAACAAGUUGUACUUUUAUUACGGUAUCUACAAGAUGAUCCAAGAUUAUCUAUUAAACGUCAUGCUUUACAUUUGUUGCAUAGUUUAGCAAGAAAAGGAGCACAUUUGUGGCCGCAGGGUGCACUUAAUAAUUUAAUAGAGAGUACCACCACAUUAUUGCAAGAUGGUGCUGGGAAUAAAGAUCUUCUUAUUCGAACAUUGGACGUGAUCGAGGUGCUUAGUCAGAGUGCAGUAACAUGUGAUGCGAAUAGGGAAGAAGGAAAUCCUCUGUUAUCUUUAUGUGUAAGUGCUUGUUACUCUCCUGAUCCUUUUGUGGCAGUAAAAGCAAUUACAAUAUUAUCCAGAGUUGCGUGUUAUUGCUAUGAAGAAGGUUUACCCGCUUAUGGAAUACAAGAUGUUGUAUCUUGUCUUGAAUCUUUGAUUGUAUUAUUAGCUUUGGAUGACAAAUAUUUACAUCAAUUGAGAGUUUGUCUACGUUCAACAGUGAAAUUGUGUUGGGCACAGCCUAGUCAUUGUUCAGUAUUUGUUGAUGCUAUUGGUGGUACACUUUUCAAUGCCAAUAGCGAAGGUGGUCAAAGUGAAAAACAAGCAGUUGCUUUGUGUGAAGCUUUGGGUGCCAUUGGAAGUUUAGGUGAAAAUACUUUACUUCCACUUUUACCAGAUAUAUUGACAAAACUUAAACAGACUUUACAUGUUCAUACUAAGGUCAUGUUAUCUACAUUACUUUUUCAAAUGGUAGCUGGUGGUUAUGAAUGGAAUACGGAAUGCACAGAAGCUGUGGAGGAAGUUAUUAGAAACGUGGAUGGGUGGGCUAAGUAUCGAAUUGCACGUAGUGCUGCUAGAUAUGGUCAUCAUACAAUAGCAACUCAAAUAUUUAGAAGUUUAAAAGAAACAGUUGCAUCUGAACAACUACACUUCUGGUUAUCUGGUUUAGAAUUAGUUACAAAAGCUGAAAGCCACCUUAUGGAAAAGACAGAAGAAACGGAAAGUAAAGCGAAAGUACAUAUAGUAGAGAAGUUGAAUGGAGCCAUUGCACGUUAUGCCAGUGCAUGUGCAUCAUUGAAAGCCGCUAGUACGCCUUUACGAAGUUUACAAUUUGCUAGUGAAUAUUCGAAACUUCGUUGUGAAUUCCUUCAAGCUAUCGUUCAGCUUUUGCAUUCGUGCAGAUCACUUUGCACAGCUCCACCUCCAGCUAUUGCAGUUACAGUAGUGCUUGCAACGAAAGAUGAUCUUCAGCGUUAUGGUCGCGUUACUCAUCAGUUGAGAAAAUCUGCGCAAGAAUUAAAAAAUUGUGCUGAUAAUUAUCAGAAACUAUAUCAAUCGGCUUUCGAUGCUGAUCCUGGUUCACUAGCGAAUAUAAAAGCAUUGCAAGAAAUGUGUCGUUUAUUAGCAAAUAGCGUUGAACGAGUUUGCGGUGGUUCAGGAAUCUGUACAUAUCAUCAAAAUGAUGUAAACUUUGAUUUCGGUGACACUGUUGAGAUGCGUCAGUUAGCUCGUUGUUGUACAGAACUACGACGCUUGGCGCCACCCUGGAUAAGCGAAGGAAAAAACGCAGCCAUUAGCCAUUCGCGAGUAAACUGUUUAAUAUCCCAAGUGAUGUUGCUGGCUGGAAAGAAAAUGAGAUUACCAAUACCUCGGUAUUACUUCCAAUCGUUACAAUCAACGAGUGUAAAAUUAUCUGUCUCCCCGCAACCCCGUGUACUUGGUGAACCGGUAUCCGUACCUCAAGGUAGUCAAUUGGCGCUCAAAGUUGAAGGAGUACUGCGACACGGUCGUCGCGCUUCCCUUUACCGAUCUGUUGCUGCUGUUUGCAUUUCUAUUUCUACUACACCGCCAUCGAAGAUCAAUUCGGAUCAGAAGGAUUCUAACGCGAAUGAACUACAACAAACAGUUACUCCGCAUCGCGACUUCUUUGCCUGUGAGUUUUUGCUUUCCCUUGGAAGCGCCGGAACGGGAACAACAGCAUGCGCAAGCAACACACCUAAUGUAAACAACAACGCCAACACAGGGGGCGGGCAGUAUCAGGUCACAGCUAGUGCAAGUAUACUUGACAAGGACGGCAACGUGUGGAAGUGUGGACCACGUUCCACGCUUCAAGUCAGAGUACACGAAGAACCAACCAAAAGGAAGCUACCAUAAAUGAAUUCAUAAUUUUUCUUAUACAUAACUUGUAUGUACAUGAGAUUGAAACAAAGACUAUAGAAUAAAAUCCUCUCUUGUUUCAAACAGGUCGUUGCGCUGAAUACUCUUUAAAUCUUAAUGACUUUUCAAGUUUUAUAUUUUAUAAAGUUUAUAUCUCUGAAAGACUCGCGCUUCUCAAAACAACGAAAGUAUGCGUUGCGAGUUCUACUUGGAUCUAAAGAAUUCAUGCUACAAUAUGAUCUGUUCCUUACAGCUAUUGUAUAACAAUUA